CUGUCAGAUUCCUCGUUCCUCGUUUAGAUUAGAACCCAGCUAAAAAAAAAAUCUGUCGAAGGCAUCAGCGGGAACACUACCUCGACAUUGCCCAUGGGUACCGUUUCGGGGGCCUGGUCAAGGUGUUCGCCGCUCGCUCAGUUUAGCUCCCGGUUAAUAGAACUUGGACCUUGGCUCUACGGAAUAGCCCGAGAGUGCCUUAUCGACCUGGACUGCUACCGAAGGGGAUGACCGUUACGUUUACAGGGGUAUUCCGAAAUGCUCAGUUCUCGGAAAUGACCAUCGAAGAGACCGUUUUGGCGAAGUACCGGCAUCCGGAGACGCUCUGUAGACACCUGAAAGUCGCCAGAGCGGAGCUCAUCUUUAGUUCCUGACCACCACGAAGCAAACCAGUAUCGAGCUUCAUCACAGCCUUUGGAAUGGCGGUACACGACUCUUCUUUGGGGGUUUUCAGACACGAGCCGCUGGCUGUCGUAGGUUUUGCUUGCCGCCUUCCUGGGAAAAGCAACAACCCAACCGCCCUAUGGAAGUUCCUGGAGCGGGGUGGCAUCGCAGAUAUCGAGCCCCCUCUAUCGAGGUUCAAUCUCAAAGGGCACGAGGAUGGCUCAAAACGGCCAAAAACUAUGCGGUCACCCGGCGGUAUGUUCAUCGAGGACAUCCAUCCCACAGACCUUGAUGCUCAGUUCUUUGGGCUGUCCAAGGCGGAAGCCAUCGCAAUGGAUCCGCAGCAACGGCAGCUGCUCGAGGUCGUGUACGAGGGGCUGGAAAAUUCCGGCAUCACGCUCGAGAUGCUGAAGGGGACAUCGGCAGGAUGCUUCGUUGGGUCUUUUGCUUGCGACUAUGGAGAUAUCCAGUCGCGAGAUCCUGAAGACCGUGCACCUAACACCACUGUUGGCAUCGGGCGCGCCAUGCUCAGCAAUCGCUUGAGUCAUUUUCUUGACAUCAAGGGCCCGAGCAUGACGAUAGAUACCGCUUGCUCGGGUAGCCUGCAGAGUCUUGAUGUAGCGUCAAGAUACCUGCAGACGCGGGAGAUCAGCACCGCCAUUGUUGCGGGUGCGAACCUGUAUCUAAGCCCAGAGCAUUGCAUCGAUCUUAGUGGUCUGAGUGGUGCUGCGUCCUUAACAGGACGCUGUCAUACAUUCGAUGCCAAAGCCGACGGCUACGUGAAGGCAGAGGCGGUCAAUGUGCUGAUUGUCAAACGUCUCGCUGAUGCAUUGCUCAGCAAAGACCCCAUCCGAGCCAUCAUACGUGGCACUGCUUCGAACAGUGAUGGCUGGACUGCUGGAAUUGCUAGUCCCAGCUCAAAAGCCCAGGCCGAGGUCACACGGCAAGCCUACGUCAACGCAGGUAUCACCGAGUAUAAUGCAACCUCUUAUCUAGAGUGCCAUGGAACAGGUACAAAGACGGGUGAUCCCGUUGAGGUUAAAGGUGUUGCUUCCAUCUUUUGUGCUGAUGGGACGAGGAAGGAUCCUCUAUACAUUGGAUCGAUAAAAAGCAACAUAGGACACUCUGAGCCGGCGUCCGGCAUAUCCGGUGUCAUCAAGACGAUCCUGUCUAUGGAGAAAGGGGUAGUACCUGGCAACCCCACGUUUGAAACCCCAAACCCAGACAUUGACUUUGAGAAGCUCCGCGUGUCCGUUUCGCGGAAAUCUCGGCCAUGGCCCAAAGUCCCCUUCAAACGAGCCAGCGUGAACUCGUUUGGUUUCGGCGGCUCGAAUGCGCACGUCAUCCUCGACGAGGCAAAGACGGGCGCCGCUGGGUACCAAAUGCGCUUCAAGUCGUCCUUUGGCCAGGUAGACGACUUUGACUUUUUUGCAGAAGAGAAACUGGAGCCGCCGCAAGUCCUGGUGUUCUCUGCCAACGACGUCGCCUCGCUCCAGAGCUACGCCGAUUCUCUAAACAAGCAUCUCCUCAACCCUGCAGUCAGCGUGGAGCUCACCGACCUGGCGCAUACGUUAUCCGAGCGAAGGACGAAGCAUUUCAAUCGCGCAUAUCUAAUUGCACGAAACGCCCAGAUCGACGUGCACAGCCUGAAGCUCGGAAAGCCGCGGUCUUCUCAACCUCGGAUCGGACUCAUCUUUACAGGCCAAGGUGCACAAUGGCCGCAAAUGGGGAAAUCGUUCCUCGAAACGAUUCCGGCCUGCAGGGCCGUGGUGGAAAGGCUCGACCGUGUGCUCCAGACGCUGAAGAACCCGCCGACCUGGACCCUCCAUGACGUGAGAGACAUAUUGCGGGCCGAGGAGCUGCCCAUUGCCAUCGCAUGUGUCAAUUCGCCGAGCAGCGUCACACUUUCUGGACAGGUGGUUGCCCUAACAGCUUUGGAGCAGAGGUUCAAGGAGCAAGGCAAGUUUGCUCGACUACUACAAGUCGAUGUUGCCUACCACUCAAAAUACGUCGCAGACAUUGCCGCUAGGUACUACGAGCUGAUGCGGCAAGAGUGCGACUUCCCUCUCGCAGACGCGACAUAUUGCAAGAUGUUCUCAUCCGUGACGGGAUCCGAGAACAAUCAGGCUUGCAAUGCAGAAUACUGGCGACGGAACAUGGAGUCGCCUGUGCUGUUUAGCCAGGCUGUCUCUGCGGCCCUCACGGAAGACGCGGCUGCCGACUUCAUCAUCGAAGUCGGACCCAGUGGCGCCCUGGCCGGCCCAUUCAAGCAGAUCAAAGCAUCUCUCGGCAGCGGAGCGGCACAUGUGUCGUACCACGCGGCCAGCAGACGCGAUGUUGCUGCUGUCGAUGCGAUUUUUGAAAUCGCAGGGGAACUGUUCCUCGCGGGAGCACAGGUCGAUCUGGCCCGAGUCAACCAAUACCUUCCAAACCAGCAACCCCCUUCCACUCUCAUCGACCUUCCCAACUACUCGUGGAACCACUCGGUCAGACUCUGGUACGAGAGCGAAGCCAGCAAAGACUGGCGCUUCCGGAGAUACCCAAGCCAUGAUUUGCUGGGAAGCAAAGUCCUCGGUACUUCGUGGCACGCACCUUCGUGGAAGAAAGUCCUGAAAAUCGAUGAGGUCAGCUGGCUGAAAGAUCACUGCAUCGGCGGACAGGUGCUGUUCCCCGCCGCCGGAUAUGUGGCCAUGGCGAUCGAGGCGCAGUUCCAGACGAGCCAGUCUCGAGGCUUCAUCGAGGAAGGGCGAUCUGUCCACGAGGCAAGUUACAGACUGCGCAACGUCGCAUUCAAAAAAGCCAUGGUCAUUGAGGGCUCCGAGUCGCGGAUCAUGCUGACGCUCAGUCCGGAAGACGACGGCGAAAAGUCCUGGAGCAGAUUCACAAUUUCUUCGUUCACCGACGAGGAGUGGAACGAGCACUGCACAGGUCUCGUUGCUCUGACCGUCGGAUCCCAGCAAGUCGCUUCACAACAUGAUGUGCGGCCGCUCGAGUUUCCCACCCCUGCAGCGGCGUGGUACAAGGCUAUGCGAGACGUGGGGUACAAUUUUGGGGAGCUCUUCCAACCACAGAUCAGCAUCGAGGCCGUUGCUGGAAGCCGCCAAAGCAGGGCACACAUCUCGUUCAAAGAGCCAAAAUCCUCGUACCCGCAGUCUCCAUACUCUGUGCACCCCGUCUCAAUCGACGGCUGUCUACAGGCGGGGGCGCCAUCACUGUGGAAAGGGAUUCGGAGUGCGGUCGGCGGGGCGCUUGUACCGGCAAUGAUAGACGACAUGUCGAUCAAUUCUCGCGGGCACAUCGUCGAGGUUGGCAUUGCGACCACGUCUGCCGUCUUCACGGGUGUAGGAAGCUCCGAGGAAGCACAAAACUACCGGUCCAACAUCACAGUCUACGACCACGAGACGCAUUUGCCACUGGUCCAGAUCAAGGGCUUGCGAUACCAUAAACUCGACGCCCACGAUGACUCUGCCGACACGCAUUCCUUCAUGCGCGUAGCCUGGAAGCCCGAUAUUGCCUACAUGGAGGGAGAGGCUUUGCAGCGCUACUUUCGAUCUGGCGAUGGGAAGCCAAAGUCAGUCCUAGAGCUACUCAUCCAUCGAGAUCCCGCUGUCGACGUUCUAGAAGUCAACAUGUCGAGUGACAUGGAGAGCAUGUGGAUCAGCAACAAGGCUUCAUUGGAAGCCAGCGGUGCCUGCGGACAGUAUACUCUAGUGACUCCAGACCCGGCCUCCUUGUUCACCCUCCAGAGCGAGUUCCGCGAAGUUCCCGGUGUUCGGGUCGUGCAUGCCAAUAUCACCGACGCUGCGUUCGAUUUCUCGUCGUUGCCUACAAAUUACGGUCUUGUGAUCGUGAGAGCAUCAAAUGACGACAGCGCGGAGCUGCAGACCGCCCUGGUGAACAUCCAAAGCCUCCUUGGGGAAGACGGCUUUCUUCUUGUGCACUAUUCGGCCUCGUUAGCCCUCGAUACCGAGACUAGCACCGACAGCGGUGCCUCCGGCUCUCACUUCCAGGUGCUAGGCCCGGAACAUGAGGUCGUUGAGAAGAUCCUGCAGGACGCGGGAUACCGAUCUAUUCGGAAUGUACCUCAGAUCGUGCCGUCGUCAGACGCCUAUAUUUCCGAGCUGAUCGCGCAGCCUAGCGCCAGGGAGGCACUUGCCAACGACAACGGCUUCACCGUUCGCCAGCUCGAUGUCGAGCACCUCGGCGAGAUCAAGUCCGGGUCCACGGUGCUCAUUGUCGACGAAGCGUACAAAUCAGUGCUCUGCGACGUGGACCAGAAGCAGUGGCAUGCUAUACGUACGCUUACGGAGAGGGACUGCAGGAUCUUGUGGAUCACAGCAGGUGCACAGCUGCAGGUGACUAACCCCCAAGGUGCGCUCAUCAACGGCAUGGCUCGUGUCAUCCGGGCGGAGAACCCAUCAGCUGCUUUGACCAUCCUGGAUGUCGAAGACGUGUCGAACGCAUGUGCCCGGGAAGCCAUCAACAAGCUGCUGUACGAUGUCAACAACGGGUCGGUCAUGGAAGCGGAGUAUGUCGAGCGCUCUGGGGUCAUCCACACCAGCAGAGUCCUUCUCGAUGGCCCCGUCAACGUCGCACAGCGCGAGGAUUCUCAAGGCGGCGAGUUCCAGACCAAGCAUCUCCACGAGCACCCUUCCUGUGUCCGCAUGGUUUGCGAGCGCCCGGGCAUCCUCGAGUCGCUGAACUUUGUAGAAGUGGCAGAGGGCGACCUCCCCUUGGAGGAUGACUUUGUCGAAAUCGACAUGCACGCAGCAGGCCUGAAUUACAAGGACGUUGCCACGUCCCUUGGCCUCGUCCCAGAGAACCAAUACAUGUUGGGACUCGAAGGCGCCGGUGUGAUCCGACGCCUUGGAGCGGGCAAGAAAGCGCAAAAGUUUCGCAUCGGGCAACGAGUCGUGCUAAUCAGACGCGGCAGCUUUGGCAACAAGGUCCAAUGCCCUGUUGAGGGCGUGCAUGCUAUCCCGGAAUGGAUGACCUUUGAAGAAGCCGCGACACUGCCAGUGGUUUACCUCGCCGUCAUCUAUGGGCUUUUCAACCUCGCCAACAUCCAGAAAGGCUCCACUGUACUGAUCCACUCAGCAGCUGGAGGCGUCGGCAUUGCUGCUAUGGAGGUCUGUCGAUACGUGGGUGCAGAGAUCUUCGCCACGGUCGGCAGUGAAGAGAAGCGUGUGCAUCUGAUGGAGAAGUAUGGUCUCAGUAACGAUCGUAUCUUUUCGUCGCGCAACAGCGAGUUCGCAGAGGAAAUCAUGCGGAUAACCAAUGACCGAGGCGUGGACAUUGUGCUCAACUCACUGACCGGUGAUCUCCUCGAUGCCUCCUGGCGCAUCAUUGCCGACUGCGGAACCAUGGUCGAGAUUGGAAAAAAGGACAUCCUUGCGCGCAAAGGACUCGCCAUGGAUCCCUUCAACCGGAACGCAUCGUUCAGGGCCGUGGAUAUGUCGGCCGACAGCAUUACCCGCCCCGUCAUCGCGGCUCUGCUGUCGCAGCUGUUCGAGAUGCUGAAUGGACGCCACGUGAGACCCAUCGAGCCUCGGACCGUCUUCCCCUACUCGAAGAUUGGCGAUGCCAUCCGCUAUAUGCGCGGCGGCACUCACAUGGGCAAGAUUAUCAUAUCGCGCGAGGCCGAGAACAGCACGCCUCUCGUGCCGAUCCGCCCCGCAAAGAGAGUCGUGCAUUUCAGGGACGACAGAUCGUACCUCAUUGUAGGCGGACUCAAGGGUCUCUGCGGCAGUCUGGCGGUGUACCUUGCUAGGAAUGGGGCCAAGCACAUCGCCAUCAUGGCACGCAGCGGCUACGAAGACGAAAGAUCGCAAGCGGUGCUGCUCGAUCUGCAUGCACUCGGCGCAUCACCGACGCUCAUCACGGGGGAUGUGUCGAAGAUGGAAGACGUGAAAAAGUGCUUUCAGAGCGCUUCGCCGCCUAUAGGAGGAAUCAUCCAAGGCGCGAUGGUCCUCCGCGACAAGACGUACGAGGAGAUGCGAGUCGACGAGUUCCACGCGGCCACCGCGUGCAAGGUCCAAGGCACAUGGAAUCUGCACACAGCUGCACAGGACCUGAACCUCGACCUCAGCUUCUUCACCAUGCUGUCGUCCAUCUCGGGCCUCGUCGGGCAGAAAGGUCAAGCCAACUACGCCGCAGCCAACACGUUCCUCGAUGCCCUCGCCGCCUACCGGCACGGCCGUGGCCUGCCCGCGUCCUCGGUCGACCUGGGCGUCAUCGAGGACGUGGGCUACAUCUCGGAGCGCGCCGCCGUGGCCGCGCGCCUCAACACGGCCAUCUGGAAGCCCAUCAACGAGGCGCUGCUGCACCGCAUCGUCCGCGCCUCGCUCCUGCAGCAGUCGUCGCGCCCGCUGCACGUCGCCAGCGCGCCGCACAUGGUCACGGGGAUCCCGCACCCGCAGCCUGUUGAUGCACCACUCGUCGCGGACCCGCGCUUCCGCGGCCUGCGCCAGACUGCGGCGGCAGGCACCCACGCAGCGGCCGGCGACGCGAGCUCCGAAGUGCGCAGCCUGCUCGCGCUCGCUGCGUCGCCGGCCGUGGACAAGCACGCGCUGCUGGCGGCGGCGGUGGGCGUGAUCAACGGGCAUUUCAUGAAGAGUCUGGGGCUGGGGGAGCCUAUGGAACCCGCGAAGCCGCUGACGGUGUAUGGGCUGGACAGUUUGGCGGCGAUGGAGUUUAGGAACUGGCUGCGGAAGGAGCUGCAGGUGAGCGUGACGACGCUGGAGAUUGUGGGUGCCAAGACGCUGAAUGCGAUUGGGGAGAAGAUGUUGGGCGUAGCCCUUGCCGCCCUCGCUUUUGUCCUUGAUGGCGAGCAGCUGCUCCGGACGGUGGUUCGGAUGCCACUUGCCCCAGGGCACGACGUAGCGGCCGCCAUCUGCCAGGGUGACGUCGCUCGAGAAGCCCGACCACAGCGACGUGUGGGCGCCGUCAAUCGACUUGAACAGCACCGGGUAGCUCGCCCAGACAAUGGCCUUGGGCACCUCGUCGAAGAUUGCGGUGCGCAGGUUGCCCGGGUUCUGGGUGAGGACCACGACGCCCUGGGGCCCGAGGCGCUGGGCGAACUGCACGGCGAGGAACCAGUUGGCGGCCUUGCUGAUGGCGUAGUUGCGGUCGCCGUCGAGCGAGGGGUUGUCGAGCUCGUCGGGCGGGACGCCGUCGGCGGGGGCCUUGGCGUCGACGAGCAUGCUGCUGCUGAAGACGACGCGCACGGCGGCCGGGGGUGCGUCGUCGUCUUUGGCAGCAGCCUCGAGCGCAGGCGUGAGCAACUUGGUCAGGAGAAAGCCGCCCACGCAGUUGACCUGCAUGUGCAGCUCGAGGCCGGCGCUCGAGCGCGCUUCGGGCGGGGCGGAGGCCAUGCCGGCAUUGUUGAACAGGACGUGCAGGCGCGGCUCCUUGGACAGGAACGCGAGCGCGCACGGCUUGACGGUGGCCAGGUCGGCGUAGUCGAGGUGGAGGAAGACCAGGGCGCCGCCGGGCACCUUGGGCGCGGGGUGGGCGCUCCGGAUGCGGGCCAUGGCCUGGUCGGCUUUGGCGGGCGAGCGCGCGGCCAUGUAGACGCGGGCGCCCGCGUUGUAGAGGAUGCGCGACAGCUCGUAUCCGACGCCGGCGGUGGCGCCCGUGACGAGCACGACGCGGCCCGCUUGCGACGGCAGGUUGGCCUCGGUGAGCGGGGCGCGGGGGCUGGGCCGCAGCUGAGGCCAGAGGCGCUUGAGCGUGUCCAUGGCGGGGGUGGCUGACGAUGGCGGGCGGGCACUCGUCUGGAGCUUGCGAGCGCGACGGGAUGGCGAUGCGUGGGAAGCGGCCGCGGUGGGUAUUUAGAACACGCCCUGCGCUGCAACGAGCGCCGCCCGCGCACGCAGGCACAUUGCCCGCGAGGGCGGGCGCUGCAGGG